AUUCUUCAUACUGACCAUUUAUUUUUCUGGAAAUGUAAGAAGAGUUGAAUAUCUUCUCUUGUAUAUGUAUUAGAAAGUAUCCAGCAAGUAUCUAAACUCUGGUUAAUUCCCAAACCACCUUUCAAUUAUUUAUAAACCCAUUACAAAUGUUUAUUAUUAUACCGUGGUACCUUAUAUACACUAGCUUUGUUGUUGGAUUCCCAGAUUACAGACCAUGAACUCUGAAUAAUCCCAGUACAGUCAAGGAUUUUUGGUAACCUUUGAUAUGGGAAAAAAUAACAUGACACAUUUUCUAAGAGAACAAUGUUAUCUCACAGGAAUAUAUCAUAAUGAUAUAAAUGAUCUUUUUUUCUAGAUUGUUUGCUUAAAUGUUAUGGCUAAUGUUUAAUCCUACACUGAUAUAAGAACAUACUAUUUUUGAACUCCAACACAGUUUACAGUAAAGUAGAAGCUGAAUAUAUCAUCCUGUAAAAGUUUAGGUUUGUAGAAUGAGGGUAGUGGUUCUGACCCUGUUGAUGCUGUUCCUGUCCGGGACUCUCAGUGAAGAUGGUGGGGAAGACAACCGCUGUCAGACAGACAUGUGUAACAUUCUUAAGAGUUUGAAAGCCAUAGAAGCCAGACUGAAUGCUACAGAGAACCAGAUGGAAGUAAUGAGAAACAUACAAGAUGCUGUUGCUGUACUACAGAGAACUGAUGAAGGAAAGAAAGCUUCAAGUCUUUUCAUUCUGGGCCAAUGUCACACAGUUGAAAUUAGAGCAAGAACAACACAUGCUGGAUGUACUGAAGCAACAGAAUGAAGACAAACCGAAGAUUGCUCUAGCAGGGAAUUGUCAUAUAUCGGCCCCUGAGAAGGAGACCAUCUUACCAUUCAGCAAUGUCUAUACCAAUGUUGGCAAUGCCUACAACUCUGAAUCAGGUGUCUUCAGCGCACCAGUGAGAGGAGUCUACUACUUCAGCUUCUUGUCAUUUGCGUACAAUGGGCACAACGCCUGCAUAAGUCUGUUCAAGAAUAGUGAGCGGAUGUUGUCUGCAUGUGAUCAUCAUUCAGCAGCCGACAGCUCUGACAGCGCAGGCAACGGAAGGACACUGCAUUUAGAACAAGGGGAUCAAGUGUACAUCACCCUGCAUGCACGUUCCCACAUAUUUGCGGACAACCAAAACCGGAGCACAUUUAGAGGGUUCCUGCUUUUUAGGACAUGAGGAUAUAUCCCAUAAAAACACAGCUUGUGUCUCUAAUGGCACACUGCUUAAUGUAGUACACUACAAUUGACCCACCUGGGACGGAUUUUGUCUGAACAGUGAUUUUCUUGAAAACUACAGUUGGUGAGUUCUGAAGAGAGGAAAAGGUUUUGGACACCUGAGGAAUGUUCUCUAAUGUCAUACAUAAAUAUGGUCAUAUCAAUUGUGUAUAAUAAAACAUGUGAAUUUA